AUGGAGAGGCGCUGCAGUCUCCUGAGCCCCCCCAGGGGGCUGAAGAGGCCCCUCUGGGCUCUGCUGUCUCUGGUGCUGCUGCUGCUUGCAGCAGCAACGGAGAGGGGACAGGCUGUUUCCCUUAAGCAUGACAGGAGCACAACUCCAGACUCAAAAGGAGACAGGUCAGAGAGACUGUCUCCAGAAGGAGACAGUCCCUCUGGGGAUUCUUUCUCCUUUGCAGACGCCGCAACAGCACCAGAAGAAGAGGCCCCUUCAGAACAAGAGGAGGCCUCCUCAGCAGCAGCAUCUCACAGCAGCAGCAGCAGCAGCAGCAAGGAUGCGAAAAGCGCAGCAGAACAGGAGGGGAAGACAGAGAGGGCAAAGGAAGAUCCCCAAGGCGACUCUCACCACCAGGCUUCUGUCUCCGCCAAGACAGGAGACGAGGAGACAGCAGCGAAGCCUUCGGAUGAAAGAGUUAGAGACAAAGAGGCAGUGCUCAGCAGCAGCUCUAAAGAAGGAGACACAUCAGGCAGCAAAGCUGGAGGAGACUCAAAGUCUCCUCCCCGAUUGGCUGUCUCCUCUUCUGUCUCCCCCCAAGGAGACACUUCACCAAAGCCCCUUGCUAGCAGCAGCAGCAGCAACAACAGCGGAGACAAGCAGAAGCCUUUAGUGUCCCCCUUCUCUCCUGCAUCUGCGCUGGAGACAGACCCAGAGGAGGGGUUAGGAGGCAAUGCAAGCUGGGGUAUUUCAAGAAAACAAAAGGAAGACACAGGUUCUUCUGGUGAUGGUGGUAGUGGUGUUGCUGCUGCUGUUGUUGCUGCUGCUGCUCCUGAAGAGGAUGAAGAAGAUCUGCUGGAGGCGGCACAGGAGCUGAAGAGACUGGUAAUGGAGUUAGAGAUGGGGGACAAGGGGGCCCAUGAAGCGGAUGAAGAGAAAGAGAGACAAAUGGAGGAGUCUCCUCACGGCAUCCCUGCACUGAGGGGUAUGCUAGGCCUUGAAGAAGAAGGCGUAGUCGGGGAGUUUCUGCUGCGGUGUUGGCAGAGUCACAAGAGGCUUGGGGUGUCUCUGCAGGAUGUUAUGAGUAGCUUUCUUGUUGCAGUAGAGAAAGAGAGACAAAGAAGUGCUUCUGUUGCUGCUGUUCUUUCUGUAGAAAAGGCAAGAGCAGGCCUAAAAGAAGCAAAGGAGACACCUGGGGAGGUAACGCAGGCUGCUGCGGAGCUUAAGCUGCUGCAGCAGCAGCACAAGUACUUAAAGAAGCUACGCAAACGCUUGCAGAAGAUGGUGCGGAGAGGAGAGAGGGAUCCCAAUGCCCUUGUUGCAUACCUAGAAGAACUGUGGGGCCCAGUAGAUGCAACAGCAGCCUUCAGCCCCGCUAGAGGCAGCAUCUUUUACAGCGCAAUGAAGACAUUAGAGACAGAUAUUGAGGCUGCGGCCAGAGACUGCAAGAAGCUUAGCACAGUUGUCUCUCGUGUUGUUGAGGAGAUCCAUCAGGCGUCUCCUCAGCAGGCAAGAAAGGAGACACAAGAAGAAGAGCAUCUCCAGAGCAUUUUAAACCCACAAAUGGGGCCCUUAGCUGCGCUGUCUCCUCAGGGUCUCUCCUCUCUAUCCGUCUUCAGACCCCAAGCUCUUGCGGCAGCAGACGAAGAAUUCAUGAGAGACAGAGACGAAAAGGAGACAGGAAACAUCAGCAUUAAACCCUCAUCUCUCUCAGGUGUCCCCGUGCAAAGACAAGGCAGACAGAAGAGCCGCCGCUUGCCUCCCCUGUCAUCUCCUCUGUCUCCUCCUGUAUCUCCUCCUUUGUCUCUGCCUGAAGACGAGAUAGAAGAUACAGCUGAAGCAGAUGUCUCCCCACAACCCCUUCAAAAAUACCUCCCCUUUGUCUAUGGCCCCACAGUUCAACUGAGGCGUCCAGCCAACUCCCCGCGCAGCAAAAAAGAGACAGCGUUUUUUGGUGUAGACGGCUUCGGCAUAGAGCCGGAGAUGGGGUCGUUUCUUGAGAUGGGGGCAAAGACAAAGGCAGAAGAAGAGACAGAAGAAGAGACAGACGAAGAGACAGAGGAAGAUGAAGAGACAGAGACAGAGACAGUGCUUAGCGACAGAAGAGCAGAAGGAAAAGCAACCCGCUUGAGCCCUGUGAAGCAGCACCUGGGACAGCAGCAAGACGAGGAGACAGUUUUGGCGUCUCCUGCUUUUGUUUCCUUGCAAAACUCUACUAAAGAGGCUGAAGAGGAGGGAGAGGAAGAAGAAGAAGGAGAAGAAGAGACAGCGGAGACUGCGAGGGCCAGGGAGGGAGAGACAGCAGCAGCUACCGCAGAAGAGAGCGAGGGCCCAGAAAAGGAGGCAACCGAGACAGAGAGACACCCCACACCAACCAAAGCAGAGGAAGGCCGCGAGGCAGAAACAGCUGAAGAGGCGGAGGAGACUAUGAAGGAGACGAAGGCCCAGCAAAAGGAAGCAAAAGCUGCAGCAGCAGCGGAGCUACCAGCAGCAGAGAAGAGCGAGAAGGAGGUGCAUGUACACCCCAAGCAUGAAGAGGAGACUGUCCCCAUGUUGAUGGUCUCCCAGCUCGAAGCCGAUGCAUGCGAAAGCAUCUCUGACCCCACAGUCUGCAUGCAGAAAGAGAAAUGCUUCCAAGACUUCAUUUAUGGAGUUUGUUUCUUUAAUUGCACAACUAUAGAGACACCCGAAGAAUGCAACAAACACAAAUUCUGCAGAUAUGAGACGGAAGUGCCUGCAAACACUUGCGUCAAUGAAGGCUAUCAGACAACAGAUGCGGUAGCGCAGCGCUUUGAGGGUAUAAUGCGUGGCUGCGAGCACUUUACCAAGAAGGAGACAUGCGACUUCAUGCAUGAGCAUGCAUUGAAACAGCAAGAAAUGGAGAAAAAUAAAAGCCCCAACAGCAAAACCCCCAAAGGAGUCAGUGACGAGACAGAGUGUAAAGAGAACGGACAGUUUGAACCGGUUCUCAGCUGUAUAGAAGAAGGAGACCUUUCAGAGACACAACUUCGUUUUCUGAGGAGAGAAGCAAAGAUGUUGGCUGCAGCUGCUGCUGCAGCUGUCCCCUUACAGGAGGGAAACUGUCUCCCUGGAGACUGUCUGUCUCCUCGCGUCGGGGCUGAAGGCGGUACCCCUGCGAAAUUUGUUUAA